CGCAUGGGUCUGCCAGAGUACGGGUGAACUAGGAAACCAGUUCGUUUGGGUCGGAGCAAAUUUUUCUGCCCUUCCCAAACGAGGAAUAAGAAAUCCUCCUAUCCACAGCUCAAGGCUUUCAUUCUUGUCCUGCCCUCUCUCCCCUAGCAAGCCCUCUUUCUUCUUCUCUCCAUUGCUUUUACUUCUUUUUCCUUGGCCCCAGGUACAACUGGCAUUAGCGCUCUCCUGCUCUAUCAAAAUCGCUCUUUGGGCAACCCUUUGCGUUUCUUUUCUUUUCACCUCGACAAAAUCACCAUGACGGCAGGCAGAUCCCAGCAGCGGCUUUCCAGCAUCGAAAUCGAACGGCUUUCGGAAGUUUUUGACACACAUGCAACCGUUGCAUCGGAUGGGGCAAAAUACCUGACACCAGACGGCUUUACGCGGGCGAUCACACCGGCAUUGCACCAGCAGCAGCAGUCUUCUUAUUCGGCCUUUUUCUCCGUAGCCGAUAAGCAUGCUUCAGGCCGGGUUUCCAAGGAUGAGUUCCUAGAGUUCCAAAGCCUGCUAGUGCGUCACGACGCAGCCUCCAGCCUGUCGUUCAAGGCUGUCACGCAGUCUGAUUCGGCGGCAGCCCCCGCCUUGGGCGCGCUCAUUGGUGACUCGCUGAUUGCCAAUUACCUGAAGAGCCAGGGCCAGGUUUCGUAUGCCGAGUUUGCCCAGCUCGUGGAGUCUGUGCGGGCCGACCGCAUCCGCCAGGCAUUCGCGGCUGUCGACAGAGAAAAGACCGGCUUCAUCCAGGUCGACCAGCUGGUGGCUACCGCCAGCGAGUUCACCCCCGUGGCAGUGCAGAGUACGCUGGCGGAGAGACUGGCGCUGGUGGCGACCGAGGGCAAGGUUGGAUACCCGACAUUCCUCGCUGUUGUCAGUCUGCUGAGCGACCCGACCAAGAUCGCCCAUGCCGCUGCCGAGGUCGCAAAGGCGCCAAGCCAGAUUUCUGCUAGCGAAUUCGCCGCCACCACUGACAUCCUGACGCCGCUCGAGGCCAGCGUGCUGUUCACGCUUGCCAGCGGCCAGGCCGGCGCCGAGACGGCAACCACAGCCAGCAUCACAGGAAUCCUGGACUCCCUGCACGACAGCCUGGUGCCUGCAGGCCGGAAAUCCGACGUACCCAUCACGCACAAGAAGCCCGAGCGUACGCUAUUGAUGGAGCUGCUGUUCCAGGCGUACAACUUUGGCGUCGGUGCCAUUGCCGGUGGAAUUGGCGCGACUGUCGUCUACCCGAUCGACCUGGUCAAGACGCGUAUGCAAAACCAGCGGGCGGCUGUGGUCGGUGAAAUGAUGUACAAGAACAGCAUUGACUGCUUCAAAAAGGUCAUCCGCAACGAGGGCAUUCUCGGCUUGUACCGCGGGCUGGGCCCGCAGCUCGUCGGCGUGGCACCCGAGAAGGCCAUCAAGCUGACCAUGAACGACUUUGUGCGCUCGCGCAUGAAGAACAAGGAUACUGGCGAGAUCACCUUUGCGGCCGAGCUGCUGGCUGGUGCAGCCGCUGGAGGCUCGCAAGUGGUGUUCACGAACCCGCUGGAGAUCGUCAAGAUCCGCCUCCAGACGCAGGGCGAGAUGCUCAAGGAUGCGACUGGGCUGGGCGCCAAGGCUACCGGAACCUCGCCGGCUGUGCGGCGCGGCGCCAUCACCAUCGUCAAGGAGCUGGGUCUGAUGGGCCUGUACAAGGGUGCCUCGGCCUGUCUGCUGCGCGACGUGCCAUUCUCGGCCAUUUACUUCCCGUGCUACUCGCACCUGAAGAAGGAUCUGUUCCACGAGGGCGAGCGCGAGCUCAGCAUCACCGACCUGCUGCUGGCUGGUGCCAUCGCUGGCAUGCCAGCAGCCUACUUUACCACGCCUGCCGAUGUCAUCAAGACACGUCUACAGGUUGAGGCAAAGAAGGGUGAGACCGUCUACACCGGCCUGAUGGACGCCGCGCGCAAGAUCUACAAGGAGGAGGGCUUCAAGGCCUUUUUCAAGGGCGGCCCGGCGCGCAUCCUGCGGUCGUCGCCGCAGUUCGGCACCACGCUCAUGUGCUACGAGCUGAUCCACCGCAUGGUGCCGUUCCCGGGCGAGGAGACACAUAAGCGCAGGGAUGUGGGCGAGGAGCGCGCCCGUGAGGUGUCGUCGCAGAUGGCGCUGUUCAACGCUAGCAACGCGCUGCGCCUGAUGCACGACGGGAACUACAAGUUUGGUGCCAUGCCGAAGACUACCACUGCCUAAAACCGAAAUGCCCUUUUUUGCUUUUGUUUAUUGAUAGAGUUUUACUAGAAUUGCUCUGCUCGCGAUGCGAGCUCGACUGCUAGUCAGCAUGGGUUGAC